UGGCCAUGGCGCUGGUGCCGGCCCUGGCUGGCCUCCUGGCGCACGGGCGGCCGCGGGCGCUGCUGCCCCCGGCGCUGGUGCUGGCCCCGGCAGGGGCGCUGGAGUUCUGGGACGACUUCUGGGACUACGUGCAUGAUCGGCGCCGCAGGGCGGCGAAGCAGGCCAACGCCAGCAGGACGGACAGGAAGCAGAAGGCCAACCUCAGCAUGGCGAACGAGAGCUCCUGCGGCGCCAACUCCAGCAACGUGACGAACGGGUCGGUCGGCCCGCCCGACGACGCGGGCCCGACUGACAACAUUGGCGACGGGGACGGCUACGACGACAGCAACGACGAGUUCCCCGGCGUCUUCAUCCUCGGGUACCGCUUCGUGGCCUCCUUCUUUGUCGUCGUGGAGGCCCCACUGGACGAAGGAGGAUUCUUCAGCGACCCAGUCAGGCGAGCAGGCCGCUUUCUCUUCGGACCGAGCUGGGACACCUUCAUCUUGGGCGGGCGGAUUGCUUUCGGUGUGGUGCUCGUCCUUUUGUGCUUGACAAUGUGUGUGUGGCUGAUGGAGCUCAUCCAGCGGGCAUGCGUCCCUCUCUGUGCAGUGGCCAGUUUCCUCAGAGGCGCGUGCUGCCGCAGGGGCCAGCGUACUAUACCUGUGACGACGGCCGACCAGAUCAACCGCGACCCGCAGCAGGUUCAGCUCUACGGCCCGGGACUGGAGAAGGAGCCGCCGACGAACUUCUACCGUGACCUGAAGACCGCCCUCCGCGCGGGCAACCCUCGCCACGUGGUCUUCUCCGUGGACGGCCAGGUGGCGCGCGUCCCGCUCAAGUGGAGUGACGCGCGGACGAACGCCCACGGCCUGAUCAUCGACUACGACACCGUCUACGGGGCCACCUCACGGCGACUGAGGAAGGACCUGGAGAGGGCGGCCACCAAGAGGCUCCACCUCUGCCGCAAGGUGGGCCCCUGCCAGGAGUGCGAACCGCUGAAGGCCCACCUGCAGUCCUACGCGGUGGUCGCGGCCGACGCGGUGGUCGACCUCGACGACCUCGCCGAGCACACUCCGCUCGGCUGGUGCUGCGUCCGCACUUCGCGGGGCAUCCGCGGGAUCCCAGGCUGCGCCUGGGGCCUCAUCCGAGGCGCCGGUGGCCUCUGCUGCCUCCCCUGCUGCUGCUGCCCGCGCCGCAGGCGCAAGCCCACGACGCCCGCGGAGGAGGGCCCCAGGCCGCGCGACGAGUCGGACACCGAGGACGAGGGCAUCCCCUGCAUGGCCCAUCGGGUGGGCUGGCGGCACGCCGAGACGGGCCGGGUCACGCUGCUGGCCCCGCGGGUGCAGUGUGGCGACAAGGCGCUCGAGGAGAACACCACGCUCCUCACCGACGACGCCCGCGUCAGCCCCCUGACCGCCGGGACGCAGCAGGAGCAGGCCUCCCUCUGUGCCCACCACGCUGCUUUGUACCAGGGGAUGCGGCGUGCGCAAGGCUGCGCCAAGGCCAAGUGCAACUCCCUGGGCUACGCACGGCGCGACGGCAUCAUGCUGUGCAAGCCGCGCUACGACGAGAGCCAGCAGGAGAAGCGCCGGGAGGCGCAGGCCCUCCAGGCCCCCCGGGGGGGCGGGAGCCAGUCGAACCCCCGGCUCUCCAUCGCCGAGCUCGUCUCCCGCCUCGACGGCGCCGACGGGGCCCCCACCAGCGCGGUGCCCUCUCCGCCGAGCGGGAUGGAGUGCCUGCGGGAGUACCUCCGCGACCGCGAGCUCCACCCCGAAGAGGGAGACGCCGGCGCCCAGGAGAGGCUCCUCAACCGGUACGACUGGGACCAGACCCAGGACGUGCUGAAGGUGCUGCUGCGAGGUGCUGAGGAGUACGAACGAGAUGGGGGGCGCGGUCUGCGCGCGCUCGAGGGCGAGUGGCGCAGCCAGCUCCGCCGACUGCGCGACGGCUACCAGGAAGAGGUGCGCCCCACCUUGGCUCCGCCCGCACCGCAGGCCCCCCCGGGCCUCACAGCGAGCAUCGCCCACCCCUUCGGUGGCGGCGCCCCCACCUGGGGCGUAGGCCCCGCGCCUGCGACGAGCCCUGCAGCCCCGCGGCCCCUGCUGCCGCCUGGCGCCCCCGCCGCCUCUGCGCCGCUGCCCUCUCUGGUCGGGCGUGGCAGGACCGACCUCUACCACAACCUGGUGGGCCCCAUCCUGGCCGACGGGACGCGGCACGCCCCCCCGGGCGAGCGACGCGCUGGGGUCGGAGGGGAGAUCGGCCCCACCGGCGACAGCGAGAUGGCAGCCGCCCUCAAGGACAUCGGUCUCGGCAUCGAGAGCCUCGUCAAGCACAACAGUGAAUCCAAGAGCUCCAAGGGCACGCCGCAGGGCUUAGGCACGUCCCUCUACCAUGCCAUCAAGGAGGCCUUCGUCACAUCGAAGGGCGAGCUCUCGGGCCUCGGUUGGCCCACCUGCGUCACGUCACGCCUCGCCCUCGGACUCGCAGGCCUGUACUUCGGCGCGCGGGACCAGCACUCACUUCUACCGCACUACUUGAGCGUGGCGGACUUCCCGAAGCACUCCCAGGAGGAGCACGACAACCACGUAGUCCCCCAGGACGACCGCCUCGAGGCCCGCCCCCGGGCUCCCGCUACGCUGGCCCAGUGGGUGAAGCAGGCGCAGAACCACGCCAGAUGCUUCGCGCUGAUCUACGGUUGGGAGCACUACCAGGAACGAGCCGACGCCAUCGAGAAGCUGGAGAAGCUGGCCGAGGAGGACUCCGACGUCUUUCCCCGCGAGCGCAUCUACGGCUGGUUCGAGGAGCUCAACUGGCGCUGGCGCGAGGAUCUCAAGGACGUAUACCGCCAGCUCCUUCGGAUAUCGGGCAAGGAGUGGCUACGCAAGGAGCAGAUCGAGUUCAUGGCCCUCACGCCCGACAGUGACGGCAACCCUCUCCUGCGCAUGCCGACUUGUUUCAAGCUCGACCUGGAGGACGCCUGGUUCAGGAAGACCAUCCUGCCACACCUGGAGCGGCAGCACAGCCGGACACUCUGGCGUCUCACGCACAAGGCCCUGAAGGCACCAGGAGAUGCUCGAGGCGCAGGUGCCGAACCAGGAGCCGAGGGGAGCCCCCGCAGGGCCUACCCCGCGGGCAAGCGCCUGCCGCCCCGGGAGGCCGCCGAGUCGGUCACCCACGCACCCAUCGAUGAGAUAGCCAAGAAGCCCUACUGCUGGGGCGCGGCCACGCACUGUGGCUGCCAGCGGACAGCUGCCGAGUGCGGCCACUCGCAUCGCCCAUUCAAGGGCACCCUCCAGCAGCAGCAUUGGACAGUGCAGGCCCAGCUGAUACGCCGCGGGGGCUUGAAGGGUGACAAGCCCAUCCCCCCGACCGAGGUCGACGGCCGCAUCAAGCAGCUUCGGGAAGCCGCUCACGAGGAGGCAGCCCAGAAGGUCCGUGAAGGGGUGGCCCGCCGAGGGCAGGCAGGCCGUGGCGCCGGCGACGCCUCAGGGGCCCCCCCGCGGGGCAUCAGGUGGGCUCCCCCGGAGGAGCUCGUCAGCUUCGCCCCCGCAGCAGCCGAGAACGAGCUCACGGAGACCUUGCGCGGCCCGGACUACGACUGGGAGCGCGACGUCGACCCCCCCGGGCCUGACACCGCGAGAGCCGUCGAGGACACCACCGCCGAGUCCCCCGAGGACGUUGGAAGAAGGCGCGAGCAGAUCGCGAAGAUCGCCUCGCUCCCCGAGGUAGGUCCGCUCGAGCAGUGCAGCCAUCACCUCCAGUCCUACGUCAAGGGGCGCCUCCUCCACAGCUCGCUCAGGGGCGAGGACAUCACUGUCGAAGGCGUGCUGGACGAGCUCGUCCGCGGAGGCCCCGCCGCGCUCGCCGAGGAGGCGGGCGACUACCUGGAUCAGCUCCGGCGCGCAGGGGGGGGCCACCUUGGACCCGGCUCGGGCUACGCCGAGGUUCUGCAGCCCAUCUGGCCCGCGGACGGGGGCUGCGGGAUCGGCAAGCUCCUCGUGGCCGGCCUCGAGCUGGAGACGGCAGACUACCGCGACUCCAUCCACGUGUCGCCCGGCCUCCGCGAGGCCCUCCAGCUCGGCGACCAGGAGCUGGAGGAGCGCCAGUGCAUGGUCAUCCACAUCGCAGCCGGCCUCCUCGACAUCGAGGCCACGAGAGGGGACGCCCAGGCGCCCGACGCCGCCUGGCCCCCUCCCACCACGGACACGCUUGCUCUCGCAGCCGACCUGAGGGAGGAGCUCUGGGCAGGGGCCUCCGAGGCCACCCGCGCCCUGGGCGAGACCCCAGAGAAGCUUGACAGAGCCGAACGUGAGGUGCGGGGCUACAUGCACGACGUACUCCACCCUCAUCAUAAUAAGGACUACCGUUCGCUUUGUGCGUUCCCGCUCGAGCCCCUCAGCAACGUGGUCCUCAAUUUCAUUCGGGUCGACUCCCUGGGGCGCGUCAACUUCGAGAGCGUGUCAGGAGCAGCGGCCAGCCCAGAGUCACCGCACUGCUGGUUGCUCAUCCACCGACGGCACAUGCGGCUCAUCAAGCUCGGGCCCGACAUCGACCGAGCCACACUGUUGGCGGACUUUGCCCAGCAUGCCAGCACCUGGGGGGGCAGCCCGCCGACCGACUACGUGGCCAUGGGCUGGGAGGUUCUCCUCGACCAGGCGAAAGAGUGGGCGCCCGAAGCGUUCACCCCCCAGCCCAGGACCUGCCUUUGCUGCAAGUACAUCAAGAACAGGCAAGGAGACGGAGCACGUGUCGCCGGGGACGUGGCCCCCCUGGAGCCCCUCAACGACGACUACACCUUCCUGACGAUCGCCGGCUGGGGCCUCCAGGCUUGGAGCCCCUACUGCAGAAAGGAGCACCCUAUCCCCGAGUCCGUCACCGUCCCGGGGGACAAGCUCAUCGCCCAGGAGAUCAUGGCGGGCACUGGGCGGUGGACUCAGGCCUGGAGGUCCCGCGGCCUGGAGGCCAGGGAUCCCAUCGAGUACUACGAGGAUCCUCUGAGGAAGCAGGGGCCCCGCGAGGACCACAACGUGCUCCUCAAGCCGGUACAGGACCGCCUCCUCGAGGACAUCAGCAGGGGCGACGUGAACGUCAUCGGUCUCGAGCCCGUGUGCACCAGCUUCUGCUCUUGGAUGCGUUGCAAUGGCGGGACGCGUACCGUGGCCCAGCCAGAAGGCGUCGAGCCCCUCCUCGCCUCCGAAGUCACAGGCAACACAAUAGCGGAGUUCUCGGCGCGAGCUUUCAAGAAGGCUCUCGACAUGCAGAAGUUCGCUUGGGCCGAGAACCCAGCCCCCGACGGGAUCUACCCCUCUAUCUGGGAUACCAAGUGGUGGAGGCCGCUCCUCGACCGCAAGGACGUGAUGAUUAUCCCCUUUGAUUUCUGCGAGCACGGCCACGGCCCCGAGGACGACCCCACGGCGCGCUACCGCAAGCGCACGUGGAUCGUCGCCCGUGCCUCGCAGCAGUUUGCGCGCUGGAUUGCCAAGCGGUGCUGCGGGCAGCAUCGCCACGUGUCGCUGGAAGGCCAUGCUCCAGGUUCGGCUAUCCGGCGCUGCCGCACCUCACAGGUCUACCCCUGGCCGUUCGUCGAGAACCUCACCCAGGGCAUCCUGGCGGGCGUCUUACCAGGAGGCUUGCGCACCUCAGGGUGCGAGACUACCGAUGUGCUGGACGGUGGGGAGGCCCCCCCCCUUGCUUCAAUUUCGGCGAGCUCAUUGGAUUUGCAAGGAGGGAUGGCACAGGAACCGAGGCCGCCCGACGACAGCGCGAGGCGCGUGGGCGACUCGGGGGAGGCCAGGGCGCUGAUCAGGCGCUUCGCCCUCGCCUACGUCGCCUAUGCCAAGGCCCAGCCGACAGGCACGGUGGACGCCUGGAGGGGAGCCGCCGCUCGUGGCGAGGCACUGGUGGAGCUGGCGGGCAGCGUGGAGGAGGGCGCCCGCGCCCUCUUCAAGGCUAGGAGCGACCUGGGCCUGGACAACCUGAAGGGCAUCUUCGACUCGGACCUGGACCGCCACCUGGCCCUGGACGCGCUGCUGUACUUGCGGGACCAGGCCGGGCACGGCGUGGCCGCGAGGGACACGGGCAUCAAGGUGAGAGAGGAGUGCAAGCCACAUCAGAGCGCAGCUGACGUCUUGGACCAGUGCUACGAGGGCUCCUGGAAAGACGUCCACGCCGCCCGUGUCCUCGUCCUCCCCAGGCGCCGACGCGACCUCCUACAGGGGGUCCGCUCCUCACCGCAGGGAGCGGUCCCCAAGCAGAACCCCGAUAGGACGCUCUCCCUGGAGAAGAGGCUCAUCCACGACCAGAGGCGCGUCAACGAGACCACGGACAAAACAUGGCACCCUCCCGCGGCACAACCGUUCCAUCGACAGCUCGCCAGGUUGAUCGUCUGGUGGUCAGUGGUGCUACCGCGUAUCCCCAUACUCCUAUCGAAGCUGGACGUCAAGGGAGCCUUCAAGCUGCUCUGGGUCGACCCCCAGGACGUCGGCACCUUCGCCACCGACCUCCCUUGGCACCCGGAGGCCUGCUCAGCGCCCAGGGACCCUGAGGAGGCCCCCGCACCGCAGACGACCGACCCGGACACGCAGCUCGACCAGCAGGUGCAGCUUUGCCUGGAUAGGGGCCUCACCGAGGGCCUCACGCUCAUCUCACUGGUUCUCACCUUCGGCUGGGCUGGAAGCCCAGGCGAGUGGACACCUUGGGGCGACAGCGUCGCAGCGGUCCACAGCCAGCAUGCGCCGGGGAUCCCGGCUUGGGAGGGGCCCUUCAAGUUCCAGUCGUACAUUCUCAUGGACGACCUCGUCUUGGUCGAGCCCGCCCUUGGCAUGCGCCCCUGGACGUCCAGAUCGCUGGCCGAGAAAACCAUCGAGAAGCUGCUGGGCCCAGCCGCCGUCAACCAAGACAAGAAGCACCAGGAAGGCUACUUCUCGACGAACAAGAUCGUUUGGGGACUGGAGUACCGCACCGACGAGAUGCAGGUGGCCAUCCCCGAGCCGCGGCUAUUGAAGGGUGCCUACCUACUUAGCGACACGUGCUACGACAGCGGCUACAAGGGCGCGAGGCUCCGCGACAUGCAGGUGUUGAGAGGCACGGGCACCAGCUGGAUGGCGGCCAUGCCGGCUCUGGCGACCGAGCUGAGAGCAGUGGACGCCUUCCUUACGCCACAGGCCGACGGGAUUCUGAGGCCCAAGGUCGAGCCGGGGGCGGAGGAAGCAGCAUGGCAGGACCUGUGGGGCACUUGCGAGCUACUACGACUCCUCCUCGCCCGGCCCGAGGUAUGGGGCGAGCGCUUCACCGUCUCCAUGUACACUCUCCUGGACGUGCGCGAGCGCCUCGCGCUGCCCGGCGAAGCAGCCAAGGUCGUCUGGGUCACCACCGACGCCACCACGUCCGUUGCCUUCGGCGCCGACUGGACCGAGAAGAUCUACCUGCGGCAGGACCUCAAGGACUACAAGGGCAUGCUCGGCGAGGCCCUCGGCGACUCCGACGACAGCACGGUCGAGAUCGCUCUCGGCGAGGCCAUGGCUUACAUCGUCCUAGCCGGGCGUCAGGGACCAUCGUGGAGCGGACGCAUCGUGCUCCUGGCAACGGACAACAUGGUAUUCACGAACUGGCUCAAGAAACGACACCCUCGACCUCGACUCGUACGCCACCUUUUUAGGAUUCUGCACUACCUUGAGUGCAAGUACAACUUCAUGACGAUCGGCCAUUUCUUCCGUACCUACCACAACGUCACGGCGGACUUCGGCUCCAGGGCCAGCCAGGAGGAGGUCAAGCGCCGCAUGGACGAGCUGGGCCUCUCGAGCGUCGACGCGGCGCACGAGUGGGCGGACCUCGUCGCUAACGGAGUUCGCCGCAGGGUGCUCCGCUUGCUUGGCGGCGACGCCGAAGACGGCCGGAUCGCCCUCCAGCUCCGUGAGGCCCGCCUGAAGAGGAGGUUCAGAGAGGUCCCCCUCGCCACGGCCCCGGGGAGGGCCCUCGAGUGGGGCCUAGGAGCAGGUUUCUUCUCCAAGAUCUGGACGGGCCUGGGGGGCACGGCGCACACCGCGCCCAUCGGCGAGGACCCAGACCCCAGCGCGGGCCCCGUCUGGGCGAUCCUGGCGACGCUGAGCCCAGACCCCACGGGGCGCAGCGCCUGCAAGGCGGCCAGGCAGGCCGCCCGCCUGGGCGCCCAGCGGAUCGCCCUCGACGCCCCGCGGCAGCUGCCUCUGGGCGAGGCCGCUCGCAGUCUGCAGGAGCAGGGCUUCACGGUGAGCACCGAGGACCUCCUCGCGACCGAGGUCGGGGAGCUGGUGGCGCGCCGUCGUGCCCUCCUGCUGGGCACGAGGCACGUGGGCGACGAGCAGCAGGCAUGGACGUUCGACACCCUCGACCUCAGGCGCCCGAUCGCGCCCGCGGUUGGCCCCGUGCUGCAGCCCCCGAGCGCACUGCCGCCCGACGCAUGGCUGCUCCACGCCCGCUUCGAGGCCGACCCCCGCAUGCGGAGAGCGGAGGACCGGCUCCUCCCAGUGGGCGUCGGCCACCUCUGGACGGACAAGGGACGCGAGGUGGUCUACAGCACGGGCGGACCCCUCCCGACCAUCCAGGCCGACUGGACGACACACCCACCGCCCCUGAUCCGGGACUUCAAGGGCCCGGGGCACGGGGUCAGGCGCGUCACGCUGGAGGAGAGCUGGCUCGCCGUGGGUGGCACCCUAGAGGACUUCCCCACGCCCCAGGACGACGCCACGGCCGCACAUGUCACGAGGCUCAUCGCGGGCGACACGGGGGCCCGACUCGCCGGCGCCGUCGCCCUCUGGGCGGGAGCUGCACUUGACUGGGAGGCGAGUGCAGGCGCUUGCUUCGACCUCGACGCGCAGGCCAAGGAGCGUGGCAUGCGCGAAUGGCUCGCACGCUGGAGGCAGGGUCUACUGCCCGGGCGCCCGCCACCGGCCCCCCUCCCGCACGCCGCGCCGGGGCUACCGCCAGCACACCCCGGAGAGCCUGGCCGCCACGCAGGCGGCAGCACCCCGGGAGAGGGGGCCGACUGCCGCCCCCCGACGCGCUGCGCCAUCUUCCGCCCGGCUGACGGGGGUAUCGACGCACGCGCGGCGGCUCUCGCGGCGGGCCUCGUCUGGCAGGACAUGGGCGGCACCCAGGACGAGCACGACGCCGCUCGCGCCGCAGGGGCGUCGGCACUGCCCGAGAUCGCCAGGCCCCCUCGCAAGCAGAAGAUGCCCCAGCUGGGACUUGUCUCCAUUUCGGCCCCCGAGCACCUCGUCGACCUGGCGCCGGACGUCCCGGUGUUCGCAGAGGUCCAGGAGUGGGUCCACAAGAAGUUGGCCAGCGGGCUGGCGCACAGCACCCGCACCAGCUACGGCGAGGCCUGGUCCAAGUGGCUCUGGUGGUGCACCCGCAGGGGUAUCCCGCCGCUGUUCGAGGGCGACUCCAAGAGGCAGGUGACCGAGGACGAGGAGGAGCUCCUGCGCUUCAUCGGCUACCUGGGCUGGCUGGGCAAGGGCAACGGCACCAUCCUCAGCACCCUCUUUGCACUCCAGGGCGGCCACGUGCGGGCAGGAGGCGGCGACCCUCUCGUCGGGAAGAAGCGCAUCAAGGUCCUCAUCGACUCACUCCAGAAGGGCGGCCCGAAGGAGGAACGCAAGCUCGGCGUCACGCCGCGCAUGAUGAUCUGGCUGAAGAAGGAGCUCAGCCCCACCCCGCCGUGCCAGGGAGAGAGGGCCACGAGGGGGCCUGACUUCGACUCGGUGGUGCUCUGGGGGGCCCUCUGCACGGGCUUCUUCUACCUCUGCCGCGCGAAGGAGAUCGUCGACAGCGGAGGCGUCGAUGAGCAGAUGUGCCUGCGCGGGGUCGAUGUGGCAUUCCACGACAAAGAAGGAGGUGCUGCAGCUCCUGGAGUAGGCUCGGCAGCCAAGGCCCUGAUCACUUUUCGCAAGACCAAGACGGACCAGCGGGCGUUCGGAGCAUGCAGGACUCACCACAGGGCCGAGGCGGAGGUCUGCCCUGUGGAGGCCCUGGAGCUCCUCCGCCUUCACGCGCCCGAGCGCUUCCAGGCGGUCAAGAGAUGGGGUCGCUGGAGCUCGAACGCCUUCCACGGCUACCUCUACGACUCGGAGGAGCAGUCGAGGGGCGUCGCGGCGGCCAUGGCCCGCGACGUGGCCACGCUCCACGCGGCAUGUGCGCGGCGGGUGGGCCACCUGGCCAGAGCGCGGCACGGCAGAGGCCGUGCUCAGAGCGGCCAGAGCAGGGCCGCUCAGACGGAGGUGGAGCUGGCCUCGGAGAUGGACCGACUGUUCAUCAUGAUAGCUCCUGAGAUCUCCAAAGGCCCCGCAGUGAUGGCGAGCCUCGCGGGCGACAAUCUCCCGGCCGUCAGCGAGCAGCGACCAAGGCCAGCGUUGGCGUGGGCGAAGGCAUCCGCCGCGGCGCCCGCACCGAGGCAGCCCUCGACUCCCAGGAUGGCCCGCGGGCGCCCCUUCGGAGCGGGUCGCUGGGGGCCUUUCCUCGACUCCGACAGGAUCCGCAGGCCUCACGCGCUCCAGCUUCCCGGGAUCUCGGCUGCGCCGGACUUCGGAGACCUGCCCUAUGCGAGGAGGCCUGAGCCUCUCCUGGGCAACCGCACGUCGCGCCAGCUCGUGGCUGGAGCCUUCACGGCGCCUAAGUCGUUGCCGGGAGUGGAGCUGGCCGGCAGCGGGGCAGUGGGCAACCAGACGAUUGACAUCGACCACACAUCCGUCGUCUCCGUGGAGCCCACGAUGCCUUCCAAGGCCUGCGACGGGCUCCAUCGGCCCAUGCCCCCGGGAGAGGCGGCGCCCGCCCAGGCCCGCCCCCGCCCUCGCCGCCCGUGCUCUGCGGGCCCCGGGCAGUUCGGCAGCGAGCCGGCCAGGCCCACGCCCCCGGGAGAGGCGGCGCCCGCCCAGGCCCGCCCCCGCUUCGCCGGGAGGGCGCUGUCGGCGACGGGGGGCGCCCGCGUGCCGCGGGCCGCCGAGGCGCAGCUGCUCGAGCAGCCGGGCGGCGCGCGGCCUCUCGGGCGGAGUGAGAGGCCGCGGGCCGCGCCGCAGGCGAUGGGCGGAGGCCGCCUCUCGGGAGGCGAUGCGUGA